AUUCAUGGUUUGUGCAAUCGAGCGAUCGAUGAGCAUAGUGGUCCGUCGUCGUCGUUUUGUUUUCCUCCCUGUGUGUUUAGUGUGUGCCGUAGUAGUAUAUAUGUUAGAGACUCAACCGUGCUACUGUACUACUAAUCACCCUCGCCGAAGUUUCCAUCCCACAAAGUAUCGAUCCGAACCGAACGGACGCAAAAGGACUGGGCUCUCUGUCAGUUGCAGACAGAAAGUGUGUCGAUAGAUUGUUCCCCCAAUCCCAGCAGCAGUAGCAGUUCCAAAUGUCAGUGAAUUCGAACCGAGCAAUGGCCCUCAUCAUGUGAUUAAAGCGGAUUGUUGUUACCGGGGCGAAGCCAGAGCAUUGCGCGAGGUUCGAAACAGGACCCCUGGUAGAGUGUAUGCCGCGAGCGGGGCCGAGUUGGAUCGAUGGAACAUUUCUGAGGUGAAAUCAGGCUGCUCAAAAGAAAAACAAUCGAAAAAUCGAUUGAAUACAUCUCGCAUAUUAGGUGGCCUGCGGAUUUGCAAGGGGAUUCUUCUGCGAAACAAUUGCCAAACCAAGCUGUGAUCCAAUUCAUGCAUUAGUGGACCGAGAACUGGAGAAGGGUCCCCAAAAAAUUAUAAAUAUGCAUUGCUUGCGACUGUGCUGUCAUUGAUUGUGUGCUUGUUUGUGUGCGAGAGUAUACGAGUCGGGAAUUGGAGCAAGAGGGUGGCGUGCUGCAUACACCACCCAGUGGUGGGUAGGAGCAAAGAGGAGUCACAGUCAUCGUUCAUCAUCAGCACAUCCACACGCAAUUCACACAAGGAGUCAUUGAUCAGAAAAAAAUAAACAUAAGGCAGCAACUAUUAUCUAACCGAUCUCACACACACUCGCCCAUUCACACAUGCUCAUCAAGCUCUCGCAAGGCUGCCGUGAGUUCCCGUAAAGGUAAACAUACGAUCGCUCAUCGUCUGCUGUCAAUCGAGAAUCGAGGAGAGUGGGAUUUUGGUAGCUGUUCUCCCGAAAGCGCUCAACAUUCAAUUGCAUAAUAAGCGGCACUGCGCACAUAUGGUGUGUGCGUAGCUGGGAACCGUUUUCACACACUACCGAAGCACCCCUCGCCCUGUACGUCACUAUAGCAACAAACACCUAACAAGGACACUCACGGUUGGCCCAGUGCAAAUAUAAAUAAAUAUCGGUACCAUCAUUCGUGGUGCAGCAGCAGCUGUGUGCAAUAGAAGAGAGCCCACCGUCGUCAUCACACGGUAACUGCGCGGAUUCAAACGGAACACUCACAAACCCGCUCCCACCCCCCGUUCUAUGCGACUGUGGUGUUUUGGUGUGUGCGCGAGAACUAGCAGUGGUCAUCCAUCUUUGAUCGGUGCUACUGCUGCGCAUACAUUCGCAUAGUUCCGCUGCAUCCCUCCUACUUCCCACGCAGCAGCAGCGGUAGGAAACGGAGUAGCCAUAGGAAGAGUGUGUUGCACACACGGUGGCAGUAGUGCUCGUGUGUGUGCGCCUGUGAAUGUGCACAGCUCAUCGAUUCUUGGCUCUGGCUCUGUGGCAGCGAGAUUAGGAGUGUAGAACCGAGCUUCGCGCAGAGUACGCAAGCAGCACCAUCCGAUUGGAGCGUGCGGGCGAAAGAGAGAAACGAGAGAAGUCGUAAUAUGGCUGUGUUUUUAGUUAACAUAUGCAAGUUCAAUGGUUGUGGUAUUACGUUUCCGAGCUUGGGUGAUCUGAUUCAGCACAUCGAGGACACACACAUAGACUACGAUUCCCAGGUUCUCGGUCAGAAGGAAAAAUCCCAAUCCACCUGUCUUCCUCUGAGCUACGUGCUUCGUUUUAUCACUGAUCCGUCUCGCAAGGAAAGCACAACACCCAGUAAUGGCUCGGCUGGUGGUGGUGUUGGCUCCCUCAAGGGGUCUUUCGGUGGCACUGCUGGUGGUGCCGUAGCUGGAGCGGGUGGCGAUGGGUAUCAGAGCACACCGCCCGGGACACCGGGCGGAACCGCAUCGUCAGCAUUGCUCGCCGGCAACGGUGGGCUAGGAGGUGGUGGUGGUUCCGCUGGAAAUGGUCUCUCUAGUGGCGGUGGUGGUGGUGGCUUGGCAUCCGGUGGAUCCGGCGGAGGGAACGAUAGCAAACUGACACCAGGAGGAUUGGCUGGAACCGAUAUGAAGCGUAAGAUUGCCAUCAAACAUCACAGCUACAGCAUGUCGUCCUCCAAUCGAAGUACAACCCCCACCGGCAGCGAAAUGGAUGAUGACGAUAUGAUGGUUUCCGAGUCAGAGGACAGCAAUGAUUCCUGGACGACGGAGGAGUUCAGCUCCGAAUUCAUCAUGCGUUAUGGAAGCAGACGCCAUUCUUCGUCCGGUGGCAAUGGUCAGAACUCAUCCAACGAAAAACCCUUCGCAUGUCCCGUCCCCGGCUGCAAGAAACGAUACAAGAACGUCAACGGAAUCAAGUAUCACUCGAAGAAUGGCCACAAAAAGGAUGGAAAUCGUGUCCGGAAAGGCUUCAAGUGUCACUGUGGCAAGAGCUACAAAACGUCCCAGAGGCUAAAAAACCACCAGCUAAGCACGCACCAGAACCCGGCGGUGGAGCAGGUGGCAGCAGGUGUACAAUCGUCCGUUUCGGGCACCCAACCAGCUCAGCAACUGUCAUCGUCAUUGUCCUCGUCCUCAUCGUCGUCUUCGUCGUCGUCGUCGUCGUGUCCGGCUUCCGUGUCGUCUAUAGUAGCCUCUAUAUGUUCCUCGGCUAACAACAACAACAACAUCAACACUAACGAUCACAAUGGUGGCGGCAAUGUGGCCACACUCGGCGUACCGGGUGGGAUCACUAUCGCAGCCGCCGCAGCAUCUAGUCAAAUUGCUUCAUCCUCCUCCAGUUCAUCAUCAUCGUCAUCAUCGUCGUCGUCAUCAUCGUCAUCGGUCGGUUCGCCGAACGGCAAGUACGACAACCUGGGCAUCCUGACGCCGGCUACCUCACCGAAGCUAACCCUGGUGGGUGCCGCUGGCACUGUCCAGGAGAACCUUCUGCCAAUGACCCCUAUCAGCCCUAACGUGAGUGCCAACGCGAGUGGUAUCAGCGGCGGUAGCAUCAUCACCGUUUCCGGCGGUGGAACAGCUGGCGGAGGAGGUGGAGGCGGUGGGACUAAUAGUGUGUCGCUGGUAAGUAGUAAAAGUACGGCCGCGCUCUCGGCGGCCACUCUGCUUGGCCAGCUGCACACCGAAGAGACGUAGCCGAUACUCAAGAAUCUUUUGUUGAGAAAGUGCUGAAAUGAGGGGGGAGAAAAGGUUCAGCAGCAGCAGCAUGGCAUGCACAGCGGUUCUUGGUCUCCGCGCAAUUCAGUCACCUUUCGGUUUUUAUCCAGGAAUACCGCUAAACAAUAAUACGCUUUCAUCUAUACCGAUACCGAUACAAGGUAAUCAAAUACAGAGAUAUAAAAUUUAGAUGAUAGAAGCUGUGGGGAAGAAACAUACACACACACACAGUUAUUAAUAAUUAUCAUUAUCAAGUUCAGAUAGACACACCCAUCAGGGCUUUUCAAACGAUUAUCGAUUAUAUUGAAAACAACAAAUUCACUGUUUCAUCAUAUAGAUUUAUUACUGUGAAAUAGUAUCAGCCAAUCAAACGAGACGGAAGAGAAAAAAACAACUCAUAAACACAUAAUAGCUUGGAUUCAGUGCAGGAAAUUACCCCGUUUAAAUAUAUAGAAAUAUAGAUACACACACACAAGCACAGCAAGAGAAAAAUUGAUACAAACUGAUGAAAAGUAGGAGCCGCCGCUUCUCUCGUCUGUUACCGGCGGACAUUAAACCCUAGUUUAUUGGGAAAAAAAAUCCGUACUUAAAAACAGGUUGUAGUCAAAUGUGCAACAGGAGUAGAUGAUGUUUUUUGUCCAUGGAAAAAACACAACACAAUUACUUGUCCGCGUCGUCAUCACUGUUGAUUUUUAUUUUACAAUUCAGACGUAUGUUUCUGUUUCUUCUGUUUCACACUGUUUUCCUUGGGCAUUAGCCGAAUAAUUAAAAAAAAACAUAGUUUUGUCACAA